UCCAGUGCAGAACCGCAAGCCCAUCGAGCUAGAACGCCACAAAGUUGGCGACGGAGAAAUCGCGAGCGAUCGGUUGAAUAUAUUGUAUCAAGUGCAGUCGAAUCGAAUCGAGACGAGUCGAGUUGAGUGCGAUUGCGAGUGCCGGUGAAAAUACAUUUCCUUGUUUUUCCCCUAUUUCUUGGGUUCAAGUGUUCAAAAACCAGCAGUGCAAAAUAUCACCACGAAAUAGGUUGCUGUUUAAAGGUAAAAAAAGUAAUCUUCGGGGACCGACUCACUGGCGGCGACAUAAAAACCAGAGUAAUUUUAUCUGCUCGCAGCCAUGGAUUUUAGAAGGCAUUUGGCUUUAUUGACACUCCUCCUGGUCGCCGUACUCGCGUUUUACGGUCGCCCAGUGGACGCCUGCAGUUGCAUGCCCGCCCAUCCGCAGACGCACUUCUCCCGCGCGGACUACGUUGUCCAGCUGCGCGUCCUCCGCAAAUCGGAAACCAUCGAGCCGGGCAAGACCACCUACAAAGUUCACAUCAAGCGCACCUACAAGGCCACCCCUGAAGCGCGGCGAAUGCUGCGCGAUGGUCGACUGGCGACUCCACGAGAUGAUGGGAUGUGCGGGAUCAAGUUGGACCUGGGAAAAGUCUAUAUAGUAGCAGGCAGGAUGCCAUAUCUAACCAUUUGCAGCUACUACAAGGAGUACACCAAGAUGACCAUCACAGAGCGCCAUGGCUUCAGUGGCGGUUAUGCCAAGGGAGCCAAGUGCGAAGUAACUCCCUGCUUUGGAGACAGGUGCUUCAAGGGUCGCAGCUAUGCGGAUGAGUGCAAGUGGUCACCAUUUGCUAAAUGCGAGCGGGACUUCAGUGCCUGUAUGCCACAUCAAGUGCAAACGGCCAAUGGAGAAGUUUCCCGCUGUCGCUGGCGACGCACACAGUUGUACAGAAAGUGCCGAAGUGACCCGUAAAUCCUACGGAUUUUUCAGAACCCCCUCCACCCCAAAAAGUCCGCUUCCUUGUUAUGCUACCCAUUUUUCUCUGUCCAGAGCUUUAAUACGUACGUUAUGCCUAAUGUGUUAUUUAUUAAUUGAUGCUUUUGAACUUGUAACCAGCCGGCUCUAUAGCAGC